UUUACGUGUGGAGAUUUGUAGACUGAUAUAUAUGAAGCUUUUUAUCUGUCUGUUUUUUUGUGGAUUUUGUCUGUGGUUCCUUUAAUGCAGCGGGUCAUUAUAGUUGACUCAGGGUCAUGAGUAUCAGUCAUCCUCUGCUGACAGCACCGGAAUUUCCCAAAAGCCCCAGUGAUCUAACAAGUUUCAAUUUCACUUAUUCUUUCUCAUAAUGAGCCUGACUGGAAACACGGCAGUACCUCAUUCAGAGCCAGUCCUCCACAGAGACUUUUGAAAGGGAGUGGACCUUUUUUGGAGCGAGUUGUUUUUACUUUUAAUUUCAGUCGCAGACUCUCUGUACCCUCGGGCUCAAACAGUUCAUUACCAGGCUGCUCGGACCGACUGGAAACAUGUCUACCUGUUACAUAUUUUUGGUUGUUUCUUUGCUGAACAUCCUGAACAACUCCCAUGUGAACGCCAAUGGUUGCGAUGAAAACUGUGCAGAAAAACCCGUAUUCAGUCCGUCCAGACUGGUGGUCAAGUUUGGUGACCCAUCCUCUACCAUGUGCACCGUCUGUGAGCAAUGCACAACCGCAUUUGGUUUGGAAAAAUCUCUGGGAGAAAACACAGAAAAUGGAACCACAAUUACAUGGCAGGCUGACAGUGUGACUGAAUGGGAUUUACCUCUCUUGUGUUACUAUGAAAAGUAUAUUAAUGAUCCUAAUCAGGAAUUUGACCAGUGUUGUACCCCGCUGCCUGUAACUGUCUACAAGCCUCCAGAUAAUGUGUCCAUCAGCUUUGUUAAUCACACUGGGCCGAUGUAUGAGGGCCGUCAGUACAGUCUGCAGUGUACGGUACAGGACGUUGCUCCUGUUGAAAACCUCACUGUGACCUUCUACAAAGGACAGACAGUACUGGGUCAACUACAGUCCAACAACACUACAGAGAAGAAACCAGUGACUGAGAUCUUCACUUUAAAGAUCAGCCCCAGUAAAUACGACGAUGGACUCCAGUACUGGUGUGAAGCCAAGCUAGAACUGGGACCAGAAGGACCACAGCCCCCUCCAGUGGUGAAGUCACAGAACAUCACUGCUACUGUGUACUAUAAGCCUCAGCUCCAGGUGUCAUCACCUCCAGAGCUGAUCACUGUCUUAGAAGGAGACUCUCUGAAACUGGAUUGCUCCGCGGUGGGAAACCCCAGUCCCUCGUACUCCUGGACGCGCCCACCAAACAGCCAGCCCCCCCACACCGACAGCGUUCUCAUUAUCAACUCUACAACUUCUGAGGACGAAGGACUGUACAUCUGCUAUGUCUCCAACAAGGAGGGAGAUUUCACUGUGAGGUUCAACGUGAAUGUCAACGUCAGCUACAUUGUAUACUUUAUCGUGCUGGGAGUAAUAAUUGCUGCUGUGAUCGUCAUCAUCAUGGUACUCUUAUACAUCCAUUACCACAGAAAGUACAGAAUGGGACAGUACAACCUGAAGGACGUUUUCCGUCUUCACGCAAGACACUCUGCCGUGCCCAUUACAGAGUGAGUCUAUGGGAAUACGCAUGAACUGUGUACAGACAGUCUGAACUCUAAGAGUUGAAAUAAUGAGGUUCCCCUCUGACUCAAGUUUGACAACUAAACAACAUUUCUAUUUUGAGACUGUGUUGAAUCUCUCUCUCCUUCAUUUCCUGUUAUCUCUACUGAUGCUAUCUAUUGACAUAAAAGACCCAGAAUAAUAUCAGUCACGUCAAGUUUCAACUGCUGUAUUUACCCUAAACCCAGCUGCUGUAGAAACAACGAGAAGUCUCUGUAUCUGAACUUUAAAACACAUACCUACACACAGUAUGGUGUCUAAAAGGUUUGAGGCCACAGAUUGACGUGUAAUACUGUUUAAGUGGGAGAUGUAUACAGUCAGAUUAUUUCAGUACUACAGAAGAUGAACUACUCUGCCCUUGAUCCUUCGUAGUUAAGGAACAUUGAUGACACACAAUGUGUUUUUAAUGGUUUUGCAGUGGUGGAAAAACCUUAGGGCCCACUUCAGUUUGGUAAUGGUAUUUUUGUGGUACAGUUUAUGUGUAAUGAAUCAGAUUACUAUGAAAUAAUUGCCAUGCUGACACCUGCAGUCUUCAGGGCCUGUGAGGGUCUGGAGUCCUAAGGCAGUUUUACGUGGUUGGUAAAGUAGCCUCGAGUUGUAUCGAGUUAUUGUUAAUUAGUUAUUGAAAUAUGUAGAAUAUCACCAACCUUAUACUCGAAAUGAUGAUUCAAGGGCUUUCAUGUCUUGUUCGUCAGACUUCCCUUAAUCGAUAUGUACAUUGAAAUACAGAGGACAAUUUACUCCACUGUAACAUCUGCAGUCUACAUUAUCAUCAUUCAGAAAAUAUCUGAAAAGGUUUCUAAUAAGCAAAGCUUUAUAACAGAAUUUAUAUAAAUUUUGUAUUUCUGCGUAGUCUUUAAACUUCGAUAAAUGAUGCAAACUUUAUUUUUCUUUUUGUAAGACUUGAUAUUUUUAUCUGGGAUAUAAUUCUAUUUGUCUAUUUUAUAUAUAUAUUUAUAUAAAAAAGGAAACAAUUUUAUAUUUUGUCAUUUGCUAAGGAAAUUUGAAACAAAAUUCAUGUGAAUAAGUGAAAACUAUAAUGUAGUGCUGAUUUAGUCCUGAAACAUGUUGUGUUAAUGUUCUUUAGGCCAACGUGCUGUUUUACGGUUUCUCUUUCUCUUUGUAUUCUGAAAAAAAUUACUUUAUUUAGACAUGUGUUGUAUAUAAAUUCUCACAUUGAACUUCACAGAUGAGUGUGUUCAGAAGAGAUAAGUGUUCAACCAUUGAAAGCUUCUGCCUCACCUCGUUAACCCACAGCUAUUGAUAGAGCAGCAGCUACUGUGUGUAUGUAUUUGUUACAUUUUGUCCAUCUACGUGUGAACUGGUGUGUGUGUGUGUGUGUGUGUGUGUGUGUGUGUGUGUGUGUGUGUGCGCGCACUGUGUUGAUGUGCUGGCUGAAUGAAAAUGAAAAAGAGGAAGUCAGUACAAAAAGUGUAUAAGAAUGAAUGUCACACUGAAACUUUUAGAAAGUAUGGACUUUGACUGUGUUUAUUUUUGAAAUGUGAAUAAAUUAUAACAUAAUUUACAUAAGAA